CUCGGGACCACGUCAGUCUUCUUUCAACGAUAUCCACGGAUGAUGGGCGUCACCAACCGAAAAACCCCAAACACGUCUUCUUUUCCCACGCGAAUUCGUCGACAGUGUAGGACAUGCAUCGAAUGUGCCAAGGCGAAGCGGAAAUGUGACCAGACAGGCCCUUCUUGCUCGCGCUGCCGCGGGAAAGGCAUUGUCUGCACCUAUCCGCCCCGACGCAACGCCUCGAUCACUUUCGGGGAGUCUGAAUCAGUGUAUGAGGUCGUCAACUAUGUAGCGGAGAGUGAGGAAAACGUCGCCUCUUCUGUAACUACAUGUAUGACGAGGACACAACCGCCAUCCUGUGACCCCCAUGAGACCGCCGUAUCCCAUCGGGAUACAGACGCCGUCAACUAUGCUUGGUUUCUGGCCCCGGAAUCCUGGGCACGGCAACACGGCCUGAGCGAGCCCCAGAUCGACUUGACAGCUAGCCAAAGGUCGCUGCCACACUUCAUCAACAAGCUGAAAGCAUGGAUGGCCGACUGGGUAGCCGACGGACAUAACCCCAUCAUCCACCCACAGCUCUACCAGGAUGGGAUGCCCGAGUGCGUGGAAGAUGCCUACACGUCCCUCGCCGCUUACAACGCAGCCUCCGCGAGCGGGAAAGCAACAGCCCUGCAAAUCAUCCAAAACCGCAUCGACAAGCUGCUGUCCCAAAACCAACACCCACCCGACCUCGCCCUUGACGACGCCAUCUCCCCGGCCUGCCUGAUCGACACAUCCACCCACCUCGCCCGCACACAAGCCCUCUUCACCUACCAUCUAAUCACCCUAUUCGACGGCGACAUCCGCGCGCGCGCCGAAGCCGAGCGGCACGCGGACACCCUCCUCCUCUGGUGCCGGCAGCUGCUCGAGAGCGCACAGCUCGAUCGCGCGGCCGCCGCCUUCCUCUCCCCAGCCACAGCCACCCCAGCCCACACGUCUUCCAUCAGCACCAGCACCGGGACCCCAACACAAACCACCACCACCUCCACCAACCCCACCGCCGCUGGCCCCUCCCCAUCCCCAACUCACACCCUCUCCCCCACCCCCCCGUCAACCGCACUCCCAACCCUCUGGCACACCUGGAUCCAAUCGGAGUGCGUCCGCCGCGUCUACCUCGCCGCCACCUCGAUGCUGGCCGUGUACGACACCCUGCGCACGGGGUGGGCCUCGUGUCCCGGCGGGGUGGCGUUUACCGCGCAGCGGGGGCUGUGGGAGGCGCGGUCGGGGUAUGCGUGGGCGAGGGUUUUGAAGGGUGGAGACCUGGGGGGAGGGGAUGGGGAUGGGAAAGGGGUGAUGCCGUGGGUCAUGGUGCAGAGUUUGGGGGUGUGGCGGAUCUUGGAGGGCGGUAGGCCGGGGGAGGUGGAUGAGUUUGCUACGGGCAUGUUGGAGAUUAGUUGUGGGGUGGAGAACGUGGAGAGGUGGUGUUUUGAGAGAGGGGGUGGUUAGGAAGCGGUGGGAUAUGGGUCGGGCUAGUAGCUGAAGACGGGAUGGGUGUCUGGCUUUUUUUGCUGGUGUUAUAAUACGUAGGUAUGCUUCAAGGUCACAUUUCUC